AUGGAUCUGUGCUUGAAGGAGGAGCUAGAAUCGGUUGAGAAGAACAAUACUUGGGAGUUAAUUGAUUUACCGAAAGAAAAGAAGCUAAUUGGGGUAAUAUGGGUGUUCAAAGUUAACGCAAAUACCAAGGGUGAAAUAAUCAAGCAUAAGCCUUAUUUGGUUGAAAAUGGAUUUUUGCAAAGAGAAUGCUUAUACUUUGAAGAGGUAUAUGCACUGGUUUUUAGAAAUGAAAACAUUAGACUCGUUGGAGAUUUGUUGAUCACAGGAAGCAACGAAACAAGCAUUUCUAAGUUCAAGAGUGAGCUUAUGAAAGAGUUUGAGAUGACCAACCUUGGCCUAAUGACAUACUUCCUUGUUAUUGAGUUCCACAAGUCCAAGAAGGGACUACUCAUGCUCCAAAAAAGGUACGCGCUUGAGAUUUUGAAGAAGUUUGAAAUGGAGCAUUGUAAUUCUGCCAUUACUCCAGGUGAACCAAGACUAUUGUUGUUGAAGAAUGAGGAUGAGAAAUCGGUGAACCCAACUCAGUAUAGGAGGCUAAUUGGAUCCUUACGUUACUUUUGCAAUACGUGGCCAAAUUUGGUGUUUAAUGUCAAUAUUGUGAGUGGAUUCAUGGAGAUGCCAAAGUUGUCUCACUUGGCAGAAGUCAAGAGGAUUCUAAUAUACAUCAAAGGAUCUAUUGCCUGCAGAAUUCUCUUUCCUGCAGCAAACACGGGCAAAAAAUGCAAUUUGUGGAGUUUUACCAAUUCCAAUUGGUGCCGAGAUAAAUAUGAUUGA